AGCAGAGCCCGGAACGCCGGAGCGCGGCCGCGGGGGCCGGGCCGGACCGUGUUGCCGGCUUCUCCCCCUGCCCCGGAAGUCCCGCGCUCCCGGAAGUCGCGCUGCCCUCUCGGUCUCUUUCCGCCGCCAUCUUGGGCCCCGCUCCCCGCACAAAAUGCCCGGCGAAGCCACAGAAACCGUCCCGGCCACGGAGCAGGAGCUGCCGCAGCCGCAGGCGGAGACAGGGUCUGGCACAGAGUCUGACAGCGAUGAAUCCGUACCAGAGCUCGAAGAGCAGGACUCCACACAGGCCACGACGCAGCAGGCACAGCUCGCGGCAGCAGCCGAAAUAGAUGAAGAACCCGUCAGCAAAGCAAAACAGAGCCGGAGCGAGAAGAAAGCUCGCAAGGCAAUGUCCAAGCUGGGCCUUCGCCAGGUGACAGGAGUCACCAGAGUCACCAUCCGGAAAUCCAAGAACAUCCUCUUUGUCAUCACAAAGCCAGACGUGUACAAGAGCCCGGCGUCAGACACCUACAUCGUCUUUGGCGAGGCCAAGAUCGAAGACCUGUCCCAGCAGGCUCAGCUGGCAGCUGCCGAAAAGUUCAAAGUGCAAGGAGAACCUGUUUCCAACAUCCAGGAAAACACACAGACCCCCACCGUGCAGGAGGAGAGUGAGGAAGAGGAGGUUGACGAAACCGGCGUGGAGGUGAAAGACAUCGAGCUGGUGAUGUCGCAGGCGAACGUGUCGCGGGCGAAGGCCGUGCGAGCCCUCAAGAACAACAGUAACGACAUUGUAAACGCGAUAAUGGAACUGACGAUGUAGCCGCCGGAGGGAGGAGCCUUUUUUGGUGUUUCAGAGAGAAGAGUAAAAUACGUCUAAAUUUAAAAUUUGUACUAUUUCUAUCGGUUAAUAAAGUUGUGGCUUAUUGUUGGUGAA